AUGACGAUCACGGAUGGCACCCGCACCAUGAACCUGGAGGAGUUCAAGAACUUUUUGAAGAAGUUCGACGCCAAUAAAGACAAUAGGAUAAGCAAGGAGGAGCUGCAGGACAUCAUCCGCAGCAACGGGAAGUGGUUCUCCGGGUGGAAGAGCAAGCGGGCACUGAGUCAUGCUGAUGCCAACAGAGACGGAUUCAUCGACGACAAGGAGAUGAUCAACCUCGUCGAGUUUGCCAAGAAGCAACUGAACCUGACUGUUAAGUUCGACGCCAAUAAAGACAAUAGGAUAAGCAAGGAGGAGCUGCAGGACAUCAUCCGCAGCAACGGGAAGUGGUUCUCCGGGUGGAAGAGCAAGCGGGCACUGAGGCAUGCUGAUGCCAACAGAGACGGAUUCAUCGACGACAAGGAGAUGAUCAACCUCGUCGAGUUUGCCAAGAAGCAACUGAACCUGACUGUUGUAGCCAAUUGA